CCAGCAUUUGUGGGAUUCAUAUGCCACGGAUGUCGCUUGCUUCAUGCAAAUUAUUCUUCUUCACUCCAUCCAUUCGUGGCCCCCUCCUCUUGAAAAGAGAGAAAAAAGCUUCCUUUGGUUGGAGCUCGCUAGAAGAACCAUCUCUCUCUCUCUCUCCCUCUUUGUGUCUCUUCUCUAUCUCUUCCAGGGAGAAGAUCGAGCGCGGAGCUAUGGAAGAAGAGGAUAGCAGCCACUCUUCCACCAUCGAGGAGGAGCUCCACGACUCGGAGCCUCUGGCGGCGACUUCACGCAUUCGCGACCAAAACACGGGAGACGUCGUGGACGCUGCCGAAGAUGAUGACGAAAGGAAUGGCGAUCGAGCCGAGCUGCCAAAUGAUAGUGAGAGCGACUGGACGGACGAGAAGCACAGCAUGUAUCUCCAGUCCAUGGAGGACGAGUUUGUGCGAAGCUUGUACGCGAUGAAACGGCCCCAGCAAGCCGAGGCCCAGGUCGUCGCCGAAGAAUCUGGCAAUGCGUCUGGUGACAAAGCUGCCGUGGAGCCGAUGGACACGGGAGGAGACGAAGUCGUCGACCAGGUGAUGUGAGAUCUCUCGUCUUGUGUCUUUGCCGAGUGAGAGAUGUAGAACCGGAGAAAAAAAAGGACUUUUUUUUGCUUUCCCUGGCGCUGUGACCUUCCAUUUUCCAGUGCCACUGCCACUCACGAUCCUCUGACAAGCUCACGUGAUGAUAAUCUCCUGUGUCUUCCUCGAGUCCUUCUCAUAGGAUUCCUUUCCUGUUCCCAUCUCCGAAUAAAUGCCAACCAAAUUCAUGGGA